GGCGAGGCGGAAAGAAGACGAACUCUUGGGUUCAGCAGCAGUUCUUCCUCAGCUGUUCCUCUCCAUUCAAGCAAUUGGUCGUUCUGACUGCCCAUCCCGUCACCAUGGCCGACCAGGAUGUUCCCCAUGCCACUUUCGACACCAUCCUCAUCCUUGACUUUGGUUCUCAAUACACGCAUCUCCUGACCCGGAGACUGCGCGAGAUCAAUGUCUACAGUGAGAUGCUGCCCUGCACCCAGAAGGUGGCCGAUCUCCCCUUCAAGCCCAAGGGUAUCAUCCUCUCCGGUGGCCCCUACAGUGUCUACGAGGACGGCGCUCCCCACGCUGAUCCCGCCAUCUUCGACCUCGGCGUCCCCAUCCUCGGAAUCUGCUACGGUCUCCAGGAAAUCGCCUACCGUCUGGGCAAGGACAACGUCGACGCCGGUACCGAGCGUGAGUAUGGCCACGCCGAGCUGCACGCCAAGAGACUCGACGACCAGGGUCACGUCGACAAGCUGUUCGCCGGCCUCGAGGGUCAGAUCCGCGUCUGGAUGAGUCACGGUGACAAGCUGGUCAAGCUCCCCGAGGGCUUCCACAUCAUUGCCACCACCUCCAACUCCGAGUAUGCCGGUAUUGCCCACCAGACCAAGCCCCUCUACGGGGUCCAGUUCCACCCCGAGGUCACCCACACUCCUCUCGGGGCCACCAUCCUGAAGAACUUUGCCGUCGACAUCUGCGAGGCCCAACAGAACUGGACCAUGUCCCGCUUCGUCGACCAGGAGAUCGCCCGCAUCCGCAAGCUGGUGGGUGAGACCGACCACGUGUUGGGUGCCGUCAGCGGUGGUGUCGACUCCACCGUCGCCGCCAAGCUGAUGAAGGAGGCCAUCGGCGACCGCUUCCACGCCGUGCUCGUCAACAACGGCUGCAUGCGUCUGAACGAGUGCGACAUCGUCGAGGAGACCCUGAACAAGCACCUGGGCAUCAACUUGACGGUGGUCGACGCCUCCAAGCGUUUCUUGGAUGGCCUCAAGGGCGUGACUGAGCCCGAGAAGAAGCGCAAGUUCAUCGGCAACACCUUCAUCGACGUCUUCGAGGAGGAGGCUCUGAAGAUCGAGGCCAAGGCCGAGCACGAGGGCGCCAAGAUCAAGUGGUUCCUUCAGGGUACCCUGUACCCCGAUGUCAUCGAGAGUAUCUCCUUCAAGGGUCCCUCGGCGACCAUCAAGACCCACCACAACGUUGGUGGUCUGCCCCAGCGCAUGAUUGACGGUCAGGGCAUGAAGCUGAUCGAGCCUCUCCGUGAGCUGUUCAAGGACGAGGUCCGGGCUCUGGGUCGCCAGCUGGGCAUUGCCCACGAGCUGGUGAUGCGCCACCCCUUCCCCGGCCCCGGCAUUGCCAUUCGUGUGCUGGGCGAGGUCACCCCGGAGCGCGUGGAGAUUGCCCGCAAGGCCGACCACAUCUUCAUCUCCAUGAUCCGUGAGGCCGGUCUGUACGACCAGAUUGCGCAGGCCUACGCCGCCCUGGACCCCAGCAAGGCGGUGGGUGUCAUGGGUGACAAGCGUGUUUACGCCGAGAUCAUCAUCCUGCGUGCGGUUGAGACGACCGAUUUCAUGACUGCCCGGGCAUUCCCCUUCGACAACGAGUUCCUGAGCCAGUGCUCGACCCGGAUCAUCAACGAGGUCCACGGCGUGUCCCGUGUUCUGUAUGACAUUUCCAGCAAGCCCCCGGCGACGAUUGAGAUGGAGUAAAUGGGAGUUCCGUUACGAGUCUGAUACAUUUAGAAAGGAGUUAUGGUUACGAAAAUGGGGAUGGCCGUAGAGCUAGACGAGAG